AUGUCCCCCAACAUUAGAAAGAGCUACAUGUCUCCAAGAAAAAAUCGCCUAGUGACUGGCUGCCAACGAUGUCGGGUUCGGCACCUAAAAUGCGACAUCGAUGACCUUGGUUGCGAGCACUGUCAACAAGCUGGUGUGGAUUGUGACAGGACCAAUAUCCGGUUUCGCAAUGGGCUUUCACUGCCCAAAGAAGCUCAGCUUUCCUUCUCAGACCAGAACUGCUGGCUCCAAUUGUGUGGCAAAGUGCGCUUUCAUGACGAAACACCUGAGAUUGCUAGCCUGUACUCGACUAUAAAGCCUGAUCAGCCGGCUUUUACCAACGACCCUGGCUUCAGGUCACCAGUCGGGCCGAGUGAGAAACUCGACAGUCCAAGCGGUCUCCUUGCACAACAACCAUAUGCAGCUAAUAGAGCCAGUGAAGCUGAUCUCUGGCCCCGACUCCCAGCUCCUACUACAGAAAACGUGUCACCAUCUGUUAUAUCAUUAUCUUCUCCGAGAUCAAUUGAAUCAAGAACAUCCUACAAGCCCUCACAACCGCUAAGCGAAAGGGAAGCCAUACUGUUGAGGAACUUCGUCGAGAAUAUGGCGCUUUGGGCUGAUAUCACGGACCCCCAACGCCAUUUUGAAACGGAGGUUUCGGUUCGGGCAUUGAAAGAGCCUGUCUUACGCUAUGCAAUUUUUGCAUUUUCCUCGCACCAUCUUGACCGACAGAACACUAGCGAUGUAACAGAGGCACUGCAGUAUCAUAAUUGCUGUGUUCAACUGCUUAUUACAGCGCUUUCUGGGUCUCGUGAGAACAUCGCCGAGGAUAUACUAGCAGCAGUCGCUAUACUCCGUCAGCAUGAGGAAAUGGAUAGGGAAGAUAAUCAAUUUCAUCUCACUGGUACAACUCAUAUCCUGAAUACAGUGUCAACAUUUGGCUCUUCGGGUGGCCUGGGCGAAGCUGCGGCUUGGCUUUGCUUGCGGCAGGAUAUCUAUAUCUCGCUAACAAGUCAACGGCCUCUGCGGACCAACUUACAAAGCUUCUACCAGUCAGAUGUGUUUCAAAGAAAUGACGACUUUGCGUGGUCAAGCAGGAUGGUUUUCCUACUUGCUAAUGUUCUUCAGGGGGCUUUCACAGACUCUACUAUAACACAUAGCACAGAACAUGAGAUCGAAGAGUGGUAUUCCACUAAACCGCACACAUUUGAUCCGGUUAGAUCAAUCCCACAAGGACCCGGGCCAGAUCAACGACUCCCUAUCAUUUGGAUGCUGCUACCUGUGCACGUUAUUGGCAUUCAAUAUUACCAUAUUGCCAAGAUUGUUUUAGCGCUUUCUGAGACUUCACGGUCAUAUUCCGCCUAUGAGAGUUUGCGACAUUCUCGAACAGUGGAGAAAAACAUACGCCACCAUCUCCUUACAAUCUUGGGAUUGGCACAGUCCAACACAAAGGCUGAGAACACGUUGUUUACUGCACGUCAUAGUCUAGUCGCAUGGGGCUGGGUCCUUCGACAUCCCCUCGACCAAAGGGCUGCGGAGUCAUUAUUGCAAGCCAUGCAUGCAAGGACUGGUUGGAAUAUGGAUUCCUUAGUCCAGACAUUGCGCGCACAGUGGCAAGAAGUUGAGAAUGAAAAUUUGAUAUGA